AUGGCGGCAGCUAGAAACACGUUGCAGCUGAGGCGAUUACUCUCUGUUCUUGCCCAUAAUAAUCAGCACCUCAUCUCUUCUCUGAGUAAAACAGAAAAUAGCUGGAAGCUUCUUCCUUCUGCGAGUUCACUCUUCACCAGGAAUGAUUUUUAUAGAAGAGGACUGCAGACUCAAACAAACCCAACCAGCCAGGCUAAUGAGGAGUCUGAAAAUAAUGAAAAUGGUACGAAGCCCAGCUGCAACUCAGCCAACGCUCCCUCCCUAAUAAACAACAACGAGAGUUCUGCUCCAACUUACGCAGCUGUAUCCAACUUGAAAACCUCUUCAAGGCAUGAUCUUGCCAUGAUCUUUACUUGCAAAGUCUGUGAGACAAGAUCUGUCAAGACAGUUUCUCGUGAAUCAUACGAAAACGGUGUGGUAGUGGCACGUUGUGGUGGUUGCAAUAACCUGCACCUGAUUGCAGAUCAUCUUGGAUGGUUUGGAGAACCUGUUAGCAUCGAGGAAAUCCUGGCUGCUCGGGGGAGGAAGUGA